GACUCUUCAAGGUCAUCCUAUGUUGUCAUAAUCAUAACCGUUUGCUUGUAGUUGUCAACGAAUAUAGUUUUCUCCCUACGCCAAGGUUAUAUACGUGGAGUCUGAAACACCCCAUUAUUCUUACUUUCAAACAAUUGGUCCAGCCGUAUGGAUAUUGCUUCUCUCCUUGAAUGGAAACUUAACUGUUUCGAACAAUCUUUUAACACCGUAUACAAUCUUUCUAGGCGUUUUUCGAAUAAGGGAAAUAAAUGCACAUGUGCUAAAAUUGCGGUUCAAGUUGAUAACAAAGAAACUGUCAAUACCUAUGAUGUCGAUUCUGAUAGCGCGCUUAUAAGGGAAGUAGAAGAAGCCCUUCAAAAAGCACACUUAACUCUUUCUCCACAGAAGAUAAAAAAGGAGCCUAUCUCCGUAGAUAGGCCUAGCAAGAGUGUCCUGAAAAUGUGUCAUGGAAACACUUGUAUAAAGAAGUCGAGAUCUGAUAGCAGCGGACCUAUAACAAAGCAACGGAAAUAUAUUCCUGCCCACUAUAAAGCUCCUUACAAAACGGAUUUGCACACACCAAACCGUAAAAAGUUAUUUACAUUAGGACAGCCAAUAGCAUCAUUUCCACCAACGAUGGACAACAAAAAUAUGAGUGACAGAACCAUAAAAAAAAUCAAUGAAACCAGUACUAAACAGGAAGAUCACACAGAAGUGAAUUUUUUCGAAGAUAUAAAUUUAUUAUGCCAUCCAGCUUCUACAUGUGACUGCUACCAAUAUCAAACCCAUCAGCAGGCUGCUUUAAUCGAAAAAUAUAAUAAAAGUGUUUCGUACUUGUGGCUCUCGAUCUCACGUACCAGGCAAUUAUUAAGAUCGGAAGAUAGAAGUAUUAUAGUUCAGUUUUUUAAAAACAUCCCCAUGGAAUCCAAACUGUUUUCUAGUAUGUGCUUUGCUAUUCAAAAGUGUGACCUUGCCAUCGCUUUGUUCGAAAAAUUCACUAGUCUUGUGAGUUUCAUUGAUGUACAGAAAGUCAGUCAAGAUGAAAUUAAUUGGAUUCAGUACGUUUUUUCAAGAUUCAGCGUCAUUUUAAAACUGUUGGAAUUACUGAUGACAAAGGUGAACCCUGAUUCAAGCGACUUGUCAACAACGAAUGUCCUUAAUGAUCUCACUCAUAAUGAUCCCAUAAGUGCCUGGUUUGCUUCAAAACACCCAGUUAAACUAGUUGCUCCUCCAAGUCCAUAUGAAGCGUUUCUGACUAUAGGCAACUGUCCUAGCACUCCGGGAGCAUCUUCCCGUUUAUUAGCGUUAACGGCAUGGCCUCAAAUGUGUGUAUUCAAUGGCAGCGCGAAACAAGCAUUAUUAUUUACAAACCUUUGGAGUGAGCUUGAAUCUGUCCAAACAGAACUCGAACUUUUAAACACUUUUAAAGCAAAUCUACCUCAUUUGCUUGUGGAUCAUCUAUUCACAAAAACGAUCAAUCAUGCGUCGGCUUUCCGUAAUUUAUACACACUCGUUUGCGGAAACAGUCCAUUGAUUUUGAAAAGCAACGUAUAAAUAACAUUCUACACAUCUCCAUAUCUUGUACAUUUCAUAUAUGCUAUAGAAACAGAUUGGCAAACAUGUGCAAACUUUUUUUAGCUAUUAAAUGACGCAUCAUGUUAUAUUCAUUGUUUUAAAAUUGCAAUAACAUAGUCGAAAAAUAUUUUUUAAGUAAAAAGACAACUUUUAAAUAAUUUGUAGAAAUUUAUCAAAACUUACUAUCAAACUACCUAGGUUACUUUUAAUAUACAAUCUCAAAGCAGAAAUUAAUCAUUUUUAUUGACUUUAUGUUUAAAUUAUUGUACAUUAUUAUUUUACAUUUGAAUAUACUGGUUAAGCAGAGGUUCUUG